AUGUCCUCGUCGAAAACCAGUUCUAAACCGAAAGCUAAACAAUAUAGCAAAUUCAUCCCCAAUGCGCCAGAAGAUAAUCGUCCAUUAUCGUUAAGAAGUGAUUUGGAAUAUGGUAAAUUGACUUCUAAAGAGUACCUCUACGUUUCAAAACACCCGGUUGGUGAACCACUUCCUACACCAAUCGAUGAUGACCCACCAUAUGUUAUUUAUCUAUCAACAUAUCUCAAUUUCCUUAUUCUUAUUCUCAUUGGCCAUGUCCGAGACUUUUUCGGUAAAAUAUUCAAGCCAAAAGAAUACGGUCAUUUGGUUGAAAAGGAUGGGUAUGCACCAUGGUACGAUGGAUUCGAGUCCUUUUACGUUCGUAGAUUAAAAACAAGAAUCGAUGAUUGCUUUGCUAGGCCGAUCCACGGUGCUCCAGGAAGAUUCAUCAAAUGUUUUAAUAGAAUUAGAGAGGGCAAAACUGGCUACUUGUACGAUGGCACGUCUAAAGAAUGUUUAAAUCUUUCAUCCUAUAACUAUCUUGGAUUUGCACAAUCAAGCGGAGUGUGUACCGAUUUUGCAUUAAAAUGUGUCGAUGAGUAUGGAACCUCGGCAUGCUCACCAAGACUUUAUUGUGGUACUACAGAUUUGCACAAAGAGUGUGAACGUGUUGUUGCUGAUUUUGUUGGUAAAGAGGAUGCAAUUAUCGUGAGUCAAGGUUAUGGUACGAAUGCCAACUUUUUUGCAUCCAUUGCUGAUCCAAAGACUUUGGUUAUCUCGGAUGAGCUCAACCAUGCUUCGAUUAGAUUUGGUAUAAGACUUUCGGGAGCCAUUGUCAAAGUUUACAAGCACAACGAUAUGAAGGAUUUGGAAAAUUUGAUCCGAAACCAAAUUGCCCAAGGACAACCAAAAACACACAGACCUUGGAAGAAAAUCAUUAUUGCUGUUGAAGGAUUGUACUCGAUGGAAGGUAAUAUGUGUAACCUUCCUGAACUUAUUAACCUCAAGGACAAGUACAAAUGUUAUUUGUUUGUUGAUGAGGCGCAUUCUAUUGGUGCUUUGGGACCCGAGGGCCGCGGUAUUUGUGACUAUUUCUCGGUUGACCCAGCCAGAGUAGACAUUCUUAUGGGAACUUUUACCAAAUCUUUUGGUGCUACUGGAGGUUAUAUUGCUGGUGAUAAAUAUGUUAUUGACAAGCUACGUCUUAAUUAUAUCACUCAAGGAUACAGUGAAAGUGUGCCACCACCAGUCUUGGGCCAAAUUAUAUCCUCUUUAAAUGUCAUAAAGGGCACACUCAACCCUGGCGAAGGUCAAGAAAGAUUACAAAGAAUUGCAUUCAACUCAAGAUACUUGCGUUUGGGAUUGAAGAAGUUGGGAUUUAUUGUGUAUGGAGCAGACGAUUCGCCAGUGAUACCAUUGCUUUUGUUUCUUCCAUCAAAGAUGCCUGCCCUUUCUCGUAUGUUGUACGACUUGGGCAUUGCUGUGGUUAUUGUCAGUUAUCCAGCAACUCCAUUGAUCAGUGCAAGAGCUAGACUUUGUGUAUCCUCGGCCUUGACUAAGGAAGAUUUAGAUUACGUCUUGACUAAAUUAAGUGAAGUUGGUGAUUUGAUUUAUUUGAAGUUUAGUAGUGGAAUUGCUGGCGGUUGCAAAUCACCAGGCGAACCACCGCGUUGGACCAUUGAAGAUGUCAUUGCCACAAACGUUGAAGAUUGUAAGAAGCCGAAAUUACUUUAG